GGGGAAACGAGAGGCAGAGGCUGCUGAUUAGCUAUCACAGUUCGUGUGUGAUAGAUGCGCCGGGUCAGUCUGUGAUGCGCACUCGUACCUACUGCGUGCGUUGCGGCGGGGCAGUCUGUCUGCGCUGAACGUUAUCGCUGCGCCGCUAUCGCCAGCCCGCGACAGCGCGACAGAACCCUCUUCGUUCGACAGAGCGACGGACGACCAAUCUUCAACACAGAGCGACGGCUCGGCCGAGCAAUCAGGCGAGUACUGUGGCCAAAGCAGGCUGCGCACUUCAAGCAAGCGCACACUUACUUCAGUUAACACACUGACUUAACGGUGGAGAGGUUUUUUUAAUCAAUCCGAGCUCACACACGGCUGUUUUUUCCUCUUCUUUCACUAAGCAUUUGAAAACAGGAUUAGCGAGGAUGGAUUGUAAUGCUGGUGCUGCUGUCAGAUGCAAGCCAGAAAGCGACUGUGGUGCAGAAGACCAGUAGCAAGCUAGCGAAUGACAGUCGGCUUGUUUUGAGCACAGGUGUUUGAAAAUAUUAACGUAUGUAUAUAGCUAUAUAGACAUGUAACUUGUCAAUCCACGAUGCAGACGAAGAACGGCAUAUAAGUGAAGAGAAUAUCGCCGCUACAAAUAAACGAACCGGCUUCAUUGACUGCUUUGCAUCGCUUUUCUCUCUCCUCCCUUUUCGGCAUCACAUUCAGCCGAAGGAAGCUGAAGGUUGUUCAGCAAAAUUAUCCCCGUGGCAACCACGAGACUGCGUCUGAUCCCGAGGUAGACAUUAGUUCUUUGACUCUUGUGGCGAUUUAAUUUUUAAUUUGCUUCUAUAAUUAUAUAAACAAAUGGGGCCUGGUAUUGUUAAUUGACUAUAACUGCGACAGUACAGUGAUUGUUAUUUGAACAAUUUGGAAGCGAUACUUCAGUAAGACUCGAUUCCCAUGGUUAAUUAUUUAUGACUACAAGUUUCCUUUCAGUGUUAACCUUGUAGCUAAGCGCUCAGUCUCAGAGUCGCGAACAUAGCGUACGGGUGCGGUAGCGGUGACCCUCUGUAAAACCGUUAGACAGGCAUAGGCUACAGAGGUAGAAAGAGAGGGGAGUCGAUUGGCUAACAGGUAUCGGCACGCUAGCUCAGGUAAACUGUUCUCAUGGUGAACAAUCCAGGCAGAUGUUGCGAGCAAUUUAGUUGGCUACUUCUAAUUCACAGUGAUCAUUUGAAUGCCGAUGGGGAAAGACCUUCUGCGCAAACACGUCCAAUAGUAGACUAUUAUCAUUCUGCUCUGCUGUCAGACUUAUACACUUGGUGUCAUUCCAGGACAACAGUUCACGCAAAACUAAAACAUGGUACCCGGGACUCCUGCAGCCAUGCUGCCCGCCUCAGAAGCUGCUAAGAUCUACCAGACCAACUACGUCCGGAACUCCCGGGCCAUCGGGGUCCUGUGGGCCAUUUUCACCAUCCUGUUUGCCAUUGUCAACGUAGUGUGCUUCAUCCAGCCGUACUGGAUCGGGGACGGCGUGGACACGCCGCAGGCCGGCUACUUCGGCCUCUUCCACUACUGCAUCGGCAACGGGCUGUCGCGGGACCUGACGUGUCAGGGGAGCUUCACCGAGUUCAGCUCCAUCCCCUCCGGCGCCUUCAAGGCCGCGUCCUUCUUCAUCGGCAUGUCCAUGGUCCUGGUCAUCACCUGCAUCGUCUGCUUCGCGCUCUUCUUCUUCUGCAGCACCGCCACCGUCUACAAGAUCUGCGGCUGGAUGCAGCUCGCCUCCGGUACCUGCCUGGUCCUGGGCUGCAUGAUCUUCCCCGACGGCUGGGACUCGGACGAGGUGAAGCGCAUGUGCGGGGAGCAGACGGAUAAGUACACGCUGGGGGCGUGCUCGGUGCGCUGGGCCUACAUCCUGGCCAUCAUGGGCAUCCUGGACGCCCUCAUCCUCUCCUUCCUGGCCUUCGUCCUGGGCAACCGGCAGGACGGGCUGAUGGCCGAGGAGCUGCUGGGAGACAGCAAGGAGAGUGGAAAUGCUUAAUACACCAGCAGGGUUUGUUGCUGACCAGUAGAGGGCAGACUCAGCGUAACUUCAUGCCUCAGCUUUUUUACCCAUCACCCUGAGGGUGAGAGGCAAGCCUGCAGCUGUGGGUGGAGACGGAUGAGAGAAGCCACGGGCCCCCCCAAAGCCCCACCCAUUGUAAAGCCCCCCUCCCUCCUCGCCCUCUGGUCUCCGCCCAUCGCUGGCCCCACUGGCCCCAUUCUCAUUAAAGGACAAAUUUCCUACAGUAUAGUCUGGAUUAAUAGGCUGCCCACAACAUCUAACUCUGACUGACUGAGAUGUGACAUCGGACACAAAUUGAGUUACCCUUUGGUACAAGUCAACACAGUGAGUAGCACACAGUCACAUACACUUACACACAUAUCACAACACCACAGUCAAACACGCAACUGUUGUUAUCACACAUAUGACUUUUGACUUUGUGUAAAAUAAAACCAUAUGAUAAAGCGUUCAGCGACAAUAAGCAUAUUAAUACUUUUUUCUUGAGUCAGAGUCACAUUUAGUUAGAGAACAGAAAAGUGUUAUCUUGUAAAGUGGGUGUCAAUUCAUCAGUUCUUUUGACUCUGCCCUGCUGCUGCCCCCUGGUCUUGAACCGGAACAGACCGGAUCAGAACCAGGCCUCCAGGCCUGCUCUGCAUAAGUGUGCUGGACUCCCCGCGUUCUCGAAACAGAAUCCUCUGCAUCGGAACACCAUACUUCUUCUGUACACUGGACCUGACUUGGAGUCAAUGCCACGGCCGUCUCAUUGAUAUCUGCGCAGCUGAAGGCCUAAGUAUGCGCAGACUGCGCAGAGUGACAUCAGCAUAGACUGUGAUGCAUAUGCCUGUGUGUGUUUCCUGGAUGGGGUAGGGCGUGCACACAGGCUGCCACCAGAGUAGGCUUGGCCAGUGCACUCACCGAACUCUGCGGCCCUCCAGA